AUUGCGCACGCGCAAGAUAACAAUAUACAGAGACAUUUAGUUGAUAGAGAUGCUGAGACCAUGCGUCUGAUCCAUCAGUUUCGUUGUUGAACUCCAAGGUGCAAGUUGGCUUAGACCCAAUUAAACUACUUGUGAUCAAGUGUCACUCAGUGAUUCAUAAAAACUUGGAAAAAAUUUAAACAAUAAAAAUAUAUCAUAGACAAACAAAAUACUUAAUUAUUAUUUAUAUAAAUUUCUUUAAUUAUUGAAAAUAUUAAAAAAUAAUUAUCUGAUUAAAUUGUCCAUGUCGAUUAUAAAUUCAGUUGAAGAAGAAACAAUGAAAGCAAAUUCAGCAGCAACAAAAAUACAAGCUGGUUUUCGUGGCUAUCGUGUACGAAAACAAUUAAAAUUACCAAAAUUAUUUGAUAAUAAUAAAGCUAUGGAUAAUAAAUCAUUAAAAUAUCAAGAUACAAGAAAAAAACUUGAAGAAAAAUCAGCAACAAAAAUACAAGCUGGUAUUAGAGGUUUUUUAGUGAGAAAAAGAAAUCAAAUUGCACAAGAAGCAGCUAUAACAAUACAAGCUGGUUUUCGUGGUUUUAAAACAAGAAAACAAUUAAAACAAAUAAAUCAUUGACAUAAGGAAUAUAAUUAUAAUUUUAAUUAUAAUAAUACUGUUAUACAUUCUAUUAAUAAUAAUGUUAAUGAUAAUAAUUUAUCAUUACAUAGACGUACUGGAGGUUGUCAUGUACGUGUACUUGGAAUAAGUGUUAUCCUUAAAAAAAGUGCAUUACCAAUUAUUGUUGGUACAUCACCAAGAACAAGAAGAAGGAGACAAUUAUCAUCACGUUCACCGGCUCGACCUUGGCCCGGCGAAGGCGUUGUUGCACUUGCCUUGAAAUAUACAUAAAAAUGACACAUUUCUUCUUCUUCUUCUUCUUCUUCUUCUUUAUCGUAAUCAUCAUAAUUUAUUUUUAAUUUUAUUCUUCUAUUCA